AUGGCACACGAUGGCGGUGAUUCUCUCUCGACAAGCCAGAUCAGGGACUGGCGGUCCAUCGUCACGUUGAUAGUCUUUGUUCUCACAAACAUCAAUGUCCUGUGUCCGUUUCAUAUCCCCAUCUACAUUCCUAGAAAACUCUCAGAUUUCUUCUUGGAUACUCUUGGGGCUCUCAGAAUCAUUCCAAAGCGCCAGUAUCGCUCUCCUCCACUGACCGAAGAUGGUGGCAAUGGCAAGACUAAACCCUGGGUGCGGUUCAACUUUCCCAUGAACAUGGUCACGGCUCCUCUUAUUGCGGAUUUGUUUCUGCUGGCAAUACUCGCCAUUGGCCGACAGGAAGUCCACGAUGGCACCCUCGGCGCUGACAAUAUUGCGCCAAUCGAUGUCAUGGCCUUCUUCAUCACCUUGGCCUACAUCGCCAUAUCCAUCGACGCCUCUGGGCUCAUCAGGUACCUGGCAUUCAAGGUACUCCAAUGGGGAGGAAGCGCUGGGCAUCGGCUCUUCUUCUAUCUCUAUGCCUUCUUCUUUGCCCUGGGCACUCUCGUCGGCAACGACCCAAUCAUUUUGUCAGGAACCGCGUUCCUUGCCUACAUGACACGAGUAUCAAGAAACAUCACUCAUCCUAGAGCAUGGAUCUUUACUCAGUUUGCUAUCGCAAAUAUCGCAUCUGCCAUUCUAGUUUCUUCCAAUCCGACCAACCUCGUUCUUGCUGGAGCCUUCAACAUCAAAUUCAUCCACUAUACUGCCAACAUGAUUGUCCCUGUUCUCGCCACCGUUAUUGUUCUCUUUCCUUUUCUGCUCUAUUUCGUCUUUGCGGAUCCAGGGCUCAUUCCACACAAGAUCGAGAUGCAUGAGCUUCCAGAAGAAAUCAAGUCCAGGCAGCCUGUCAACCCCAACAUCCCACACGCAAGGGGCCAUGCCGACGCGGAUGAGGCCGACCUCGCCAAUAACGAGCAAGGGCAGCUGCUGUCGUUGGAGGAAAUCAUGAAUCCGUUUCUAGACAAACCUGGGGCGGCAUUUGGAACCCUCAUCAUGGCUGCCACCCUCAUCACUGUCCUCACACUCAACGCUACAGGCUCCAAGAGCGGUGCCCAUCCGGUGUUUUGGGUUACUCUACCGGCGGCUUUUGUCAUGUUCUGCUGGGACCUUGGCUCAGGAUGGUACCAUCGAAAAGAAACGCGCGAGAUUGCAAGAAAGGGUAGAGAGGAAUUUGAAAUUGCGCGUGCCGAAAGAAUUUUUCGACAAUCCGAGGAAGCGAGACGAUCACCAAUUACCGAGACGGAGCUUCAAGAUACUACAGAUUAUCAGAAAGCGUGUUUUACUCCCAAGCUCGACUCUACGAAAAUUCAAUUCCAAGGUCCGAACGCCGACGACGGGGUUGACGAGUCUGUUCAAACAACUCAAAACAAAAAUGACGACAAUCGCAAUUUACCUGUUCAUGCCACUGGCCACGCCCUGCCCCCGACAGUUCUCUUGACCGAGGAUGCUGGUGGUCGUAGCAUUGACGCUGCAUCGUCCACUCAUAUGGAUCCCUCGAGACUAUUACCACAUGCAGAUAUGGAUACGCAGGAACAAGGAAAUUCGAAGAGCGAUAUCAGUUCGCUGGAGGAGAAGAGCACCCUGAACCAACCCGGCACAAGUUCCCCCGAUGAAGGACUUUUCGUGUCCACGUUGGAAGAUGAUGUGGAGAAAAGCCGUCAAAAGUCGCUGGCAUCCAUUCAACGGCCCCGCGGACCAGCUACUUUGUUGUCUCUGGGUCAAGAUGCGCUCAGAUGGUGCCAGGAGACAUUUCCAACGGCCGCUACUGUCGCUCUCCACUUGCCAUUUGCGCUUGUCCCUUUCGCUUUCUGCAUGUUUGUCCUUGUUCAAGGGCUUGUAACAAAGGGCUGGGUGCCAGUUUUUGCUCAUGGAUGGGACCACUGGGUCAAUAGAACAGGGACAGUUGGCGCUAUAGGAGGCAUGGGCUUUCUCUCUGUUAUCCUAUGCAACUUCGCGGGAACGAAUAUCGGGACCACCAUACUACUCUGUAGAGUCAUUCAGCAAUGGCAAGAGAUUCAUCAAAGAAAUGGUAUUCCCAUCAGCGACCGAACAUUCUGGGCAACCGUAUACAGCAUGGCAAUUGGCGUCAACUAUGGUGCGUUCAGCUCUGCGUUCAGCGCCUCGCUUGCCGGUCUCCUUUGGCGCGAUAUCCUCGCCAGAAAGCACAUUCACGUGGGAAGCAUGGAAUUUUUCCGCGUGAAUAUCCCCAUCAUUUUGAUCACCAUGAUUGUGGGAUGCACUGUUCUUGUGGGCGAAGUGUACAUUAUACGGAAAGAGACGCCUUACGAAAUGUGA